CACACACGCACACACACUUCCUUUCAGAACUCAGAAAAAUCAAGGGUCUACAAUACUAACUUCUGCAAAACAAUGCACUUUUACAACACAGUUUGUUGAAACUAGCUAAAUUAUGCUACAAUUACCCCCCAUCAUGUAUAGAAUUCAAACAAAAAACAAUGCAUAAGUUGAUAGGCUAAAAAGCAUAUAUAGUGCAGGUAACAAGAAGAAAGACAAUUUAAAUGUAUACUGGUAAGAGAAUGACAUCUUCUCAUUUUUCCAGGCAUCUGAUGUGGGCAAUGCUAUUGCAUUAUAUCAGCAUUGGACUGGUGCGGUCAGCUCUCGGAUUCCUUUUCCGGCAAAGAUGCUUCUUUGACAGGUAGUCUUUCUCAUUAUUACCUAAAUAUAUAUUGUUGUUUUCAUCAAAUGUUCCUAUCCUUGGAAGCAUGUGAACAGUUUUUCUUCAAGUAAAUCCAAUUGCAAAGAACAAAAUUGCGUUCCUAUAAACAUCAAUUUGAUAGAGUAGGGUAUCAUUGUAGCAGCUUGAAAUAGAACUGUUUGCAGGAAAAGAAUCAAACUCUCUGUGUCCGGACUCCGGAAAGAUGGUGGAGAGAGAAAAAGUGUGUGUGACUGGCGCCGGAGGAUAUUUGGGAUCAUGGGUUGUCAAGUUUCUCCUCUCAAAGGGUUACAUAGUCCAUGGAACUGUCCGAGACCCAGAGGAUGAUAAGAAUACACACCUGAAGAAACUAGAACAUGCUGAGGAGAAUCUGAAGCUCUUCAAGGCAGAUUUACUGGACUAUGAUGGUCUUUGCAUUGCCAUUGCUGGGUGUAGUGGUGUCUUCCAUAUUGCCUGUCCUGUUCCUCUACCCAGUUUAAUCAGUGCUCUCAAUUAUAAGAUAAACCUGAUUGAACCAUCUGUAAAAGGAACGUUGAAUGUACUGGAUGCAUCUGUAAAGGCAAAGGUGAACAAAGUUGUCUAUGCGUCAAGCAUAGGUGCUGUUGUAGUGAACCCAAAUCUCUCAAAAGGUCAAGUCAUGGAUGAGAACUGCUGGUCCGAUAUUGAAUUCUGCAAGUCGAUCGAGGUCUGUUACAUCAAAUGUAAACUUCAGCAAUGGUAUUGUGUUGCCAAAACACUAGCAGAACAGGAAGCUUGGGAGUACGCAAAGAGAAGUGAAUUGAAAAUCCUAACAGUUUGUCCAUCUAUAAUUAUUGGGCCAAGACUGCAACCUACCAUGAAUUCUAGUAGCUUAUACCUCCUACGCAUCUUGAAAGAUGGUUCUGAAUCUGCAGAAAAUAGACAUCGCGCUUUGGUAGAUGUGCGCGAUACAGCAGAAUCACUUCUAAUGUUAUAUGAGAAGCCAGAAGCAGAGGGAAGAUACAUAUGCUCAUCACAUGAAAUUAGAGAACAAGAUUUGGUGGAAAAGUUGAAGAACAUGUAUCCUUAUUACAAUUACCCUAAAAGUUUUUCUGAAGGGGAAGGGGUGAGCUUGAACUCGGAGAAGUUGCAGAACUUGGGAUGGAAGUAUAGACCAUUGGAAGAUACACUGGUUGAUGCAGUCAAAGACUAUGAAGAAUCUGGUGCAUUGGCUAAAGUCGAGCUUGCACAGACUUCUUGAAUGGAUCAUAUUAAACAAUGUGUGUUGAAUAAAAUAUUUUAUACUAUACAAACCGAAAAUAAAUUGCUCAGGUGCAUAGGCUAAAGUCGAGAAUAGAAUUAGGCACUUAGCGAAUGGAUCUUGUUAUCAAAACACUGUUUAUUACGUAAUAUAAUUUGUUCUAUAUGAGUCUAAAGACAAGUUAAAGUAAGUUUUGAUCUUUGUUAAAUACAAUAAUCAUAAAGAAAAGAAAAUGAUAUGAAAGCCAUAAGAAUUGAGUUGAUAUAACGGCAAGGGAAAAGGAGAACUGUAGCAUGGGAUGGGCAUGAACCUUGAGCGUAACAAUCUAGAUUAUAAGCAGGAUGCAUUUUCUUCAUAAUUCCUACAAUCGACAAGGGUCUCCUCCAAUGGUUGUCAUUUCCAUCCAAGUUCUGCAACUUCUCCGAACUCAGUUUCGCGUAUUCAUCUACCUAAAUGAUUCCGUCCUCACAUGCAUGCAGGGAACAAGAA